CUCUGUCAGUCAAACGAGCAGUUUCGGCCGGCAAGGAUGCGGUGGCCGCGUUUUCAUGAACAAGGUGCAGCGCAAGUAUCAGCCCGCGCCGGCCGGCCGCGGCGUUCGCAAACGCACCGUCGCCGCUAAUUUGGCGGCGCCGAGCACCAAGUCCAACAGCGACACCAACAAGUCCAUCGACUUUGCCAACUUUGACUUUAACCAGAGUUCUGGGUCAUCGGAAAACCUCGACCAGAGCACUCUCACUUUUCCAGCGUCCGACGAAGACAACAUCAGCGUCGUUAUCCGAGUUCGACCGUUGAGCGACAGGGAAAAUAAGUCUGGAGACGAUGAGGUGGUGCAAUUUCCUGGCAAUGGACAGCUUCUGCUCGAGGGAAACCUUGUGGCCCAAAAACCACGACUGUUUUCCUUCCACGCCGUUUUCGGUCCGGGGGCGACCCAGAACGACGUCCUCCACUUCUCCGGCGUUGAGAGACUUCUGCAGCUGGCUGUCGAAGGCUUUUCCAGCACCGUCUUUUGCUACGGACAGACCGGAAGUGGCAAGACUCACACCCUCACUGGCCCACCAGGCUUGUUUGACAAGAAGCCGGACCCGUUGGACCCAAAUCAUGGGCUCGUUUUCAGUUCCUUCGUAUUCCUGUUUCAACUCCUCAGCCAGAAACCAGACGUUCAUUUUGUGCUCAAGGCAUCGUUCCUCGAAAUCUACAAUGAGAAGGUGAUCGACCUUCUGAACCCUGGUUCUGCCAGGAAACCCUUGUCAGUGCGAUGGUCCAAGAAGAGCCGCGGCUUUUUCGUCGAGAACCUUUUCACCGUCGACUGCGAGCAGCUCGACGACUUGCUGGCCGUUUUGGAAGAAGGAAUGCGCAACAGAUCCGUGGGCGCGCACAACAUGAAUGACCACUCGAGCCGAAGUCACACAAUCCUCACUGUUCAUAUCACCUCAGAGAUGUCGGCGGAUGAUGGAGUUUUUAUUACAAAACAGGGAAAAAUAAAUUUCGUCGACUUGGCUGGUUCAGAAAUGACCAAAAAGACACACAGCGAGGGAAAAACUCUCGAAGAGGCGAAUAACAUCAACAAGAGCCUCAUGGUUUUAGGUUACUGCAUUGCAUCUCUGAGUGACAGUAAAAAGAAAGGAGGGCACAUUCCGUACCGUGACAGUAAACUGACCAAGCUUUUGGCCGAUAGCUUAGCUGGAAAUGGCGUCACCUUGAUGAUUGCCUGCGUUUCUCCAGCAAAGUCGAAUUACACUGAGACGCUGAACACCUUAAGAUACGCGGCCCGAGCCAAGAAAAUCCGCACGAAACCAGUUGUUGUGAUGGAUCCAAGGGAGGCUUUGAUUUUGUCACUUAAGAGAGAAGUGAACGCCUUACAGGACGAAAACGACCACCUUCGAAAUGCCCUUCAAUUGAGCGCCUCCACUUCUGAGCCGUCCAGAUCCAGAAUGAACAGUGCAGACAAAGGUUCUGGCAGACGAAGGUCAAUGUCUGGUCCAGUAAGGGGCGAGUGGAGCUCCAAAGUGCCCUGGCCGGAUGGCGUUUCGCCCGACAUUUCCAAGCUGGCUGAUUUGAAGCCUGAGGAUUUGGCCAAAAUGGCCGAGCACUUCUUGAGGGAAAAUGAGGCCCUGAGAAAAGAAAAUUCAGACCUGUUCAGCACCAGAGAGGCCUUGCUCAGGGACCAGGAACUUGUGUGCAGAGAAAACGAGCGGCUCCUGCGCAAAUUGGAAGACGUCAACUCGGUGUGCUGCCGAUCACCCAUUAUUCCAGCCAGGCCAACCUAUUCAGCCGAUAAGGCGCAACUGCCACAGACGGAGGCUGAUGUUUGGACUAACCCUUUGGCGCAAAGUGACAGUUCAGUCUAUGGGCCACGAUUCAAACAAGAUAUUAUAAGUGAGAGAAACUCAAGCAAGCCUCCCCAUCGGCUCCCAGAUUCCAUCCAGAAAGAGUUGGACAAGCGCAGAAUUGGAAUGACAGCCAAGAGUUGAGAGCUACUGUGAGAGAAGAUUUGGUUCAAAGUUUGCCGCCGCCUUUUGAAGUGAUAAAAUCCGUCCUGUUAAUUGUGAGGCAGUAUUAAAAUUUGGAGCUGUACAUAUGAGCUGCUGACGACACUCGCAAAACACUCUGCUGUGCAGUUGAAUAUAUUUAAAUGUAUGAUUUGGUUGAUGUCCAAAAAAUGUAUGGAAAUUUAAAGUUGUUGAUCGCGAUCGCGCGUGACCUGAUUGUUGGCUUUUUGCUGUAGGAGCGUCUUACAAUUUGAAGUAAUUAAAUGGAAAUAUUAAAGUAAGCUGGAAUUUAAUGAAACAAUCUAACUGAUUUUAAAGGUGCACAAAAAUAAAUUUGAAAUUUAGCUUCAGUUCCGUCCAAGUAAAACUUUAAAUUAUUUACAAUUUUGAACAGUUUCAUACUGACACAUACUUAUAAUAAAAUAUAAAUGGAAUCUGCGCUUUAUUGACCUGUCUUAGUAUUAAAAAAUAUAAUACUUUGUAUGAAAGCCUGUUAAAAAUCUUCAUUUUGGUUUCAGAUUCUUUUAAUAAAAUAGUUACU